UACAUCGAUGUCUUCUUCGCCAUGCAGUGCAGUAAUCAACAUUAUCGCAGCUCAGCAUCACCACAAUGCAGCUGCCAGGAAGAGAGCUGCGUUUGACGCAUUGUAUGCCUUGGACGACGAGGAGGAGGAUGAGGUUGAGGAUGAGGGCCUGGCAGCUUCAUUCCAAACAGUGAAGGGCAGAACUCUUGGAGAUCCAACCACUUCCCUUUCACGCUUGCGUCGCACACCAGGCAGACCUCCAGCCAGCCUCACACGCUCUGUUUCCAACAUAGUCUUACCCCUACCACAGUCGACCCAGCAACUUCCGAAUCCUAGGAGGGCUAAGAAACCUCUGGAGCUCCUGGAAGAGUCGAGUGCUUCGAAUUCAAUAAUCAAAGAUACUCCUCCAUUACAACACCAUCAUACUGUUAUCGGAGUGUCUUCACUCGACAGGCCUGCUAACGAAGCAAUGCCACCUUCUUCCUCUGCCCCGCCCGUUUCUUCAGCCAUUCCCAUGAUCAAGAACAAAAAGGGCAAGGGUAAGCAAGCGGCUGAAAUUAAUCUCGUCCCUGAACAACAACGCAUCUUUCAAAAUCUUCAUUUCNNUAGAAUCAUCAGAGCUUUGGAGUAUGGCGCAACUUGGCAGAACGAUUUCAAUGAGACUGUCACUCACGUCAUCGCUGAUCGCGAGUAUGAUUAUACACAGCUGAUGAAGUACCUGAAAAUGACAGAGCUGCCUGCCUCUAUCGUCCUGGUCAACGAAAACUAUCCGGCGUCAUGCAUGGAGUUCUACAAACUAGUGGAUCCAUCAAGUAUCGAGUUCAGAGUCAAAGGCUACGAGAUGCCCGCUCCUAUCUCGACGGCACAGCCUCAACCACUUCCAUCCCAGGUGUCUGACACGUCUCUGAAACUCAAGCCUGCAAAGAGAAAGGCAACGACUCUCUCUUCGCAAUCGACACCCCAGCCAGAGGCAAGUCCCAACCUGGUGUCUUCAACUGCGUCGCCAAUGGCUUCUCCUGUACGUGUCAGUACCGACGAACAGCAAGCCGUGAACAAGGACGAGGAUGAACUCGAUUCGGCCAUUAGGGAGGCCAAAGAGUCACANCCCCUUGCAUCUGACGACGCAGAAGAUGACGGACGUUAUAAGAGACGUAAGCCAAACAACUGGCAAGAUAAGUUCCAGUGCAUGCACAAACACACUGGCGGCAGCGGCGAUAAAGGCCCCAAUGCCCAGACGCUGUCCGUCCUGCAAGAGCUGGCCGACUACUACGAGCAAACACGCGACCAGUGGCGUUCGAAAUCAUAUCGUCAGGCCAUCUCAGCACUNAAAAAGCACCCCGCCAAGGUCACCACAAAGGAAGAAGGACUGCGUGUCUAUGGCAUUGGUAUCUCGAUAGCAGAAAAGAUUGAGGAGAUUGUCAGAACAAGCCAUUUGCGUAAGCUUGACUCCACAAAGAUGGAUGAGCGCCAGCAGAUUCUCAACAAAUUCCUGAAGAUAUACGGUGUGGGUUUGCAUGCAGCAGAGCGAUGGGCUAGUGCAGGUUACAAAACUCUCGAUGACUUGCUUCAAAAGGCAGAGCUGACUGACAACCAACGCAUCGGCAUUGCUCAUUAUGACGACUUCAACAGCCGUGUCCCUCGUGCUGAGGUCGAGAAACACGCUGCAAUGGUCAAGAAAGCACUCAAUGGCUUGGAUCCAGGUUACAAGGUCUAUACGAUGGGUUCUUAUCGUCGUGGUGCCAAGGACUCUGGCGACAUCGACCUUCUCAUCACCAAACCGGGAGCAACCAUCGACAAGAUCCGCACGACGGUAAUGGACCGUCUUGUGCCACUUCUCAACAAACAGAAAUUCCUUGUCGCAGCACUGGCACAGACCUCUCAGUCGGACGGUACUCAAUGGCACGGUGCAUCCUGCUUACCCAGCAGCACAAUCUGGCGUCGUGUAGAUUUGCUCCUUGUGCCAGAGGAAGAGCUCGGCGCGGCUUUGCUAUACUUUACAGGCAAUGACAUCUUCAACCGCAGCAUGAGAUUACUGGCUAGCAAGAAGGGGAUGCGCCUAAACCAGCGCGGGCUCUACAAGGAUGUACUAAGAGACUACGGCCGCGAAAAACUGAGCGAGGGUACUCUGGUGGAAGGCAGGGAUGAGCGCAAGAUCUUUGAGGCGUUGGGCGUGCCUUGGAGACCACCAGAGCACAGGAUCUGC